UAAACAUUAGAUUAGCGUUUAUUCGUUUCAUGAUGUAUUUGCGUCUUAUAUUUAUUACGUCUUUCAUAAGUAUUAUUUACUCAGAACCAUGCAGAGAAAAUGAUUUGCAAAUAAAAAGCACUAGUUGUGAUAUCUCUGGAAAUAGAUGGCUUUUUAAAAUACCAAAGGAUGAUAAAAAAUGUGAACUUGACGAACUCAGUUUGCCAAAAAAAGUUGACAACUGUGGUAAAAAUUAAUUUCUACACAUUUAUUUAUUCUAGGAAUAACAUGUCCGAGUGGAAUGCACCUUAAUUUGUUGUCACAGAAUUGCGAGAUCUGUCCAUCUGGAACGUAUUCAACGGGUGAUAGGCUUGAGGUAACAAAAUGGGAUUCAAUGCCAGAUUUUCUGACCUCCGAUAUAACUUAUGGCAGUAUGUCGAGUGAAAAAUGCAAUUUGACUGGUUGGUCACCUCAAGGUAAAUACUUGGUUGGAAAAACAACGGACAGUUGCACGGUGAUACUUUCUAUGAAGGUCUAUAAUCUUAAACCUGGAACAAUAACGUUUACAUAUCAAAUCGAAGAAUAUGGGGCGAUGGCUUUCUUCAUUAUAAGAAACGAACGAUGUACACAAUUACCUGGUGGCAGUUUUCUCUUAGGUCUUACUGGAUCGUAUGCAUAUGAGACCGUGACAUUCAGUGUUCCUGUUGGCUACAAUAUUCUUCAAUGGUAUUUGUUUGUUGAAAAUGUAUAUAUACAACAAUUAUAUGGAUUAAAAGAUCCUGAAUUACAUAUUAAAGAAAUUCGUCUAACUGGGACCCCACCAGUGACUACAUGCACUCCAUGUACAGCUGGCACUUUUGGAUCAAGAGAAAAAGCUGAUCAUUGUGAGUUAUGUCCAAGAGAUACUUAUUCAUCUGCAGGAGCUACAUCAUGUCAACCAUGUCCACCAGAUCAAUAUUCAGGUAAUGGAUCUUCAAGUUGCACUCCACGUCCUCCAUGUAAGAAAGAUGAUUAUACAAGUUAUUGGACAUCGUGUGAUCAUCAGCAAAUGACACAACGUAAAUGGAAAUGGAUUGAACCAAAAAUAUGCGAUGAAACUAGUGGUGUCUCAUUACCAAACGCAGAGAAUCCAGUAGAAUGUCAUAAGUGUCCAACUGGCACUUUUCCAUUAGAUGGUAAUACAUGUGAAUUAUGCUCAAUCGGUAUGAAGAAACAAUUGUCAAAUUUAGAAACUUGUGUUACAUGUCCAACAAAUGAAAUUCCAAUGUAUGGUUUACGUUUUGAUAACUGGUAUCGUAUGCCGUCCAUAUUGAAAUUGGAUUGUUUGAAUUUCUUUGGUGCUAAAUGUAAUACAUGGGAACGUGAUUUGACAUCAUUACGUGGUGGAGUUGGCAUGCAUUCCGAUGAAGUGGCAACAUUGGAAUUACCAAUUACUAAUGGUUUUAUUACAGCCUCAUCAGUUGAUUCAACUGAUCAAUAUUAUUUUUAUUUUCAACCACCUAUUUCUAAUACAUUUGUACGUAUUGAAUUCCAGUUAAAUUGUAAUGGUCGAUGUCAGUUUUCAAUGAAACAAGUUUUUAUGGCCGGCAGUGAACAAACGAUUGCUAUCUGGGGUGGAUCAUCGAAACGAAUAAAUUAUACGUAUUAUGUAAACGAUGCGAGUGAAGUCACAUUUAAGUGGGUUUUCGAGAAACCUGGUUCACCAAUCCAAAUACAAGAUCACGUGGACAUUUAUCGAAUCGAAGUAACGAAUGUGAAAAAUGAUAAUACUAUUGGCUGUCAAACAUGUGUCAGAGGAAUUGUGAAUGGAAAAUGUAAAACUUGUCCACCUGGUCUUUACUAUUCUAUACAAUAUGAUGAGAUUAAUAAAACCAAUAUUAUCAAUUGUACAAAAUGUCCAAAUAAUUCCAUUGUAGUAGCUGAUGCGUCUAGUUUGCAUACAGUUACAGAAGCAUGUCAUCUAUGCGAACCAGGUACAAUUGCAGUGAAUCAUAGUAUAUGUGUCACUGAUACACAACCAAUCACAGCAUCUGGUUUUCAAUAUAAUUUAACUGAUGUAAUUGACAGAGUACAUCUUGUCUCCAGUCCAAAAAUGUUUACUCCAUCCGGAGCAGGAUAUUAUCAUGAAUUUCUUAUCAGUAUGGCAUAUGGUAAAACAGUUCAAUGUAUAGAGAAUUCUUCAUCAUAUGAUCAGCGUACAGUGAAUGCUUCGAUUUGUCGACAUACAAAAUUUGAGGCGUCCAAUCAUAGACGUACUACAACCUACUCAAAACCUACAAGAUUGGCUGAUCGUCUUAUUCGUAUGGUACCCAGUAAUGUGACACCGGACUUUUGGCAAGAAGUUAACAAGAAUUUAACAAAAGCAGGAUGGAUGGAAGACAGAUUCGGUAACGAUUUACAUUAUAUUUUUGCAUCGGAUGAUCAUAGUUCCAAUUGUCCAUAUGGUCGAACUACAAUUAUUACGCUACGUUGUAUAUUCACACAGAAUUUUGAAACAUCAUUAUAUCAAAUAAAAGAUUUCAGUGAAUAUAUCACUGGUAAAAUUGAAUUACCACCAUUAUGUCCUGAUGGUACAUGUGAUGGUUGUACUUACCAAUUUCUAUGGACUACAAUGUAUGCUUGUCGUAUGUGUCAAGAAUAUGAUUAUGAGAAAAUUCUCGGUGAAUGUAGUUAUGGUCAUAGACAAGUACAUUUUCGUGCUCCAUGGGAAUGUCGAAUUCCACAAGGUAGAAAUUUUACACUCACUGAAAGAUGUCCUCUUUUGUCGAAAUCUCAAACAGCUGCUGUUCUACUGACUGCAAUCAUUCUAGCGAUUUUAGGAUUGAUCAUCUUUAUGUGUCAUCGUCGAAAUAAAAAACUUGAAUAUAAAUAUAUGAAACUUGUUCAAAGUACAUCGGGAAAAAAUCAAGUAACUAGUUGUGCAUUAGAAAGUGACGGUGAUAUGGAUAAAGGCGGGAGUAUACACUACACCACAAUGAAUAAUAAUAAUGACAAUUAUAAUAAAACACGAAUUAAAUCACCGCCAAGUUAUGCUGAUUCAACUGGAAUUGUACUAGAACCAAAUGAAUUCUUGAAAAAUGAUCAUUUUACACAACUGGGUUUUAAAGGAUUGCCUAAAGUGAAUCUUCCACCAAUUAUCUACAAAGCUAAAUCGGAUACAGAUCGUGAUAUUCUUACAGAGGAUGAUAAUGUUCUAUGAGGAGAGUAAAAUGACGCGUUAAAUAAUCAAUGACCAUUGAAUUUCAUUCCUCCAACCUAAACCUUCAAAACACACUUUCUCACGGAAAGAAAAGUCACAUGGUAGUAUUGUUUGUUCUUUAUUCCUCAUUGAACCAUAAUCCCACUCAUUUUCAACAAGAGUUUUAUUCGUUUCCAUUGAAAACAAUUAUUGUUUUUGUGUGUGCGUGCGUGUGUGUACAUGUGUACGUGUACUUAUGUGUGUAUAUCUUUUGGUUGAUUCAAAAUUUGUACACCUGUUUGUUUGUCACAAUCAUUGUCAUUAUUGAACACAUUGAAUCGCUUGAAUGACCUUUACAUAUAUCCCAGGCCAGUUAACACGAUUGUUCCUAAUAUUGGAAGUAACUCAGUCAAGCAUCUCGAGCAUAUUUUUCUUUUUAAAGCUUUUUCUUCCCCAUAAUUAUUAUCCAACUUUCUUCUUCUUGUGCUUAUUAUCAUAAAGUCAUGUCAAGGAGAAUAACAUAUCAUCUUGUUGUCAUUAUUUUUUUUUCUAAAUAAAUAAUCAUGAAGCAUUUGUAAAUGUUUUUUUAAAAUAUUUUAUUGUUAUUUAUUCCAUUUUCUUUUUCUAUAAAAAGAAACGUUAAAUGUUACAUUGAAAUUUAUUUGAAAAUUCAAUUUUUCUUUUUUUUUCAUUACUCUCUUACACACUGACAACAAUAACAUAUCAUCAUAUUGUGUGUUUAUCUUCAAGUUGUUUAUUUAAAAUUGAACAAUUCAAAUUUGUUUUUUUUAAUGUCUAGGCCUUUUAAGCGUAAAUAUUCUUUUUUGAUGUAUUGUUUACUUUCACGUUUUAAUAAAUACAGAAUUUAAUCCAGUUUCGUUUCUGAUUCACACAGUGUUGAUAUGAUCUGGUUGC